UAGAAUGAUCAUUUUCGUCUAGACACUCCACCAAUGACCAUGGCUGGCGAAGUCACCUAUUCAACUUUAGACUUUUCCCAGGCUGGAGCCAACACAGCUGCCAAACCUCCAGGUAACUGUGAGGAUGUCACCUAUUCACAUGUGAACUUCAAGACCUCCACUAUCAACCAAGAUGGUACACCUGCAGCCCCUUCUAAUGGGUUAAAAAUCUCAGAAACAGAAAGCAAAGAACAUCAAUUCAGAAAGAAGAUUUUGCUAAUGAUCUGCCUCCUAUUUUUGGGCACUGUGCUCACAACUAUUAUUUAUAUUUUCACUAAGAAAGCGAUGACUUCCACGAAUGACACAUCGUGCAAAAUGGUGACAGAACUACAGGACUGUCAAAGCACAGUGACUCUAAAUAGCGCCUUAUCACACUGUAAGCUUAUCUUGUCUAUAAACCUGACACGAGUGCAGAACAAUCAUUCCAAUACUUGCCAAGCUGGCGCACAGAAUUUUGAUUAUUUUGGCUGCGCCCCGGGUAAUGAAGGCUUUACUUCAGGGAAACACUACUGGGAUGUGCAUGUUGGGAACAGCAACCUGUGGAGAAUAGGAGUCAUCACGAAGUCUGCUGAGAGGAGAAAUGAAUUCCUAAUGACAAAUAAGAGGGGAUACUGGGUUAUUAGAAAGAUGAACAACAAUUACACUUUUUUUACAGAUAAAGAGAACAAGCUGAAUCUAAACUAUCAGCCUAAUAAGAUCAGACUUUACCUUGACCAUGAGAAAAAGCAACUGUCCCUAUGCGCCAUGGACAAUAACUCUAUAAAUGCUCACAUUUAUACUUUUGAAGACAUCAAUACGUCUGAGAAGCUGUUUCCCAUCAUCUGCACUGGUGACACAAAAGUAAUCACCAUCAACCCUUCCUCCAAGACUUGAAGAGAAACUCUCCUGCGUGUCGGUCUGUCCGCUGAACACGGGGACAACCUGUCCAUCCCUCAAAUUAUAUACCUCUAAAGGUUGUCUAUAUCAUGCUGUGUGUAAUUUCAUGAUGGUGUAACUUGGUUUGUGGUUCAUGUAUUAAAGCCUCAUGUCUACUGACUGUAUUUGACUCAUUAAAAGGAAAUGUGAGUGACA